AUGGACGAGGAGAUAACUUUCGGGCCAAAGGAUGCGGUCCCCCUGGCGUCCGGAAAUCACGAGGCCAUUGUGAUAGACAUUGUCACCAACAACUACCGGGUGAAGAAAGUGUAUGUCGACCAAGGGAGCGCAGUUGACAUUAUGUUCUAUCGGGUGUUCAAGGAGCUCGGAUUGAAGGAUGACCAACUGACCCCGGUCCGAACACCUCUGGUAGGUUUCACAGGUUCGCCCAUCAAUCCGGAGGGAAUGAUCACCUUGAUGGUCACGGUAGGGCAGGCUCCCAAAUGCCGGACCAUCUCUGUUAACUUUGUGGUGGUCAAACAAGCGUCGCCGUACAAUGUUUUCCUUGGGAGACCUGCUCUGAACGCCCUCCGGGCCAUUCCCUUUACUCUCCAUCUCAGUGUCAAGUUCCCUACUCCCGCAGGGAUAGCCGAGGUGCACGGUGACCCAGAGGUAGCCAGAGCCUGCUACCUGGCAACGCUCCGCGGGCCAGAGAAGGUGGUCGUUCAGACGACCUGUCUGGAGCCUUACAUCCCGGGGGAUGAAACCCGGCAGCCGGGUACCCAGGACGAAAUCGAGGAAUUCCCUUGA